AGGACGCGCACCGGGGGCCCAAUGGAGAAAUCUAAAAACUUUCGCAUUGACGCUCUUUUAGCAGUAGAUACACCCAAGGUGCAGACCUCUCCGCUUGCGCUUGUCACUUCCCUGUCCUCCUCCUCCAUCCCGUCGUCUGGAAGUGUGGCAGCCCCGGAACUGAGCGCCGAGUCUUUACGCACUGAGACGCCGUCUCCGCCGAGGAUCUCCAACUGCGGGUUGAUUCCUAAACCGGGUUUCCUGAACAGUCCGCACAGCAUGGUUGGAUUACAUCCGCAGAGUACCGCAGGGAUCCCCGCACAGGCUCUCUACGGCCAUCCUAUGUACACCUACUCCGCAGCUGCCCUCGCAGGCCAACACCCUGCCCUGUCCUACUCCUAUCCACACGGCUCCCAUCAUCACCACAGUGAUCCCAUCAAACUGACAGCCAGCACCUUCCAGCUGGACCACUGGCUCCGGGUCUCCACAGCCGGGAUGAUGCUGCCCAAAAUGUCUGACUUUAAUUCUCAAGCUCAGUCCAACUUGCUUGGCAAGUGCAGAAGACCAAGAACUGCAUUCACAAGUCAGCAGCUGCUGGAGCUGGAGCAUCAAUUCAAACUGAAUAAGUACCUGUCACGACCGAAGCGCUUUGAAGUGGCUACGUCCCUCAUGCUGACAGAAACUCAGGUUAAAAUCUGGUUCCAGAACAGACGCAUGAAGUGGAAGAGAAGUAAGAAGGCCAAAGAGCAGGCCGCCCAGGAGGCCGAGAAGCAGAAAGGCAACAAGGGCGGCCAGGAGAAAUCUGACGGACUCGAACAGUCGGACUAUAAGAGCAAGACAGACUCAAAAAAUGGCAGAAUAAGAGACUUUCGAGACAGUGAUGACGACGAAGGCGAUACUUUCCUGUACAACUCGUCAGACUGCUCCUCAGACGACGAGAGGAAUCACACCAGUGACAUAAGUCCGCAGCCUUGA